ACGCUCAGUUGCAAAGCAGCGCCACGCGAGUGCAGUACGCCGUCGAGCCAAAGCCAAAGGAGAUAGAAAGUCAAAAUCGUUUCACUGUUUCACUGUUGUUGGUGCUUUGGUUUUCAGAGUUGGUGACGAAAUAAAUGAAAUAGUAGUAUUUAUGUUUAGCCAGUGAAAAUUGAGUGGAAUAGUAUUUCACAUUUCACAUUUCACAUAAACAAGUUUCACAAAUAAACAAUAAAUCACUCGCUUAAUUAAUUAUAACUAACGGACAUCUGCGGACUUUGGCAACCGGUCAGUGAUUAAAUUAAUCUUCAUUGAUGAACGCAGCUGUGAAAGUGUUAAAUGAAUUAGCAAAAAAAAGUGCUUGGAGUGCAAUUCUCUCUAAAUAAAAUAUUAUUUCAAAUUAAAUAAAAUUAUUUGGAAUAAAGCAAAUACAAAUAGAAACAUAAUCACGCAGUUUGCCGCGUGCCAUCACUCCACUCGCCCAAAGCACAACCAAGAAUCGGUUAUGCCCGACACGAAUAAAUUAUUGAAUAAUGGUUAUCUACGCACACCGCACAUCUUCGGUUUAAGCACCGGCAGCACUAUGGAUGACAGCGGUGCGACCACCGCCAUUUCGCCGCUGCUCGAAGACAGCAGCGGCAUUGCCACAACGGCGCUGUCCGACGAAACAUUGCACAGCCUACAACAGAAUAGCAAGAACUUGAAUAACAGUGCAGCGAAUAAUGGGCCACAUGUUAAAUUACCAACGGUAGUGUAUUUAGGCACGGACAGUGGCGGCGGUGGUGUUAGUGGCGCUGUUGCAGGCACUGGCGGUGGCUUAGGUGCGGCUGCAACACGCACCACCCUACAGCGCAAUGUACCCUCACCUUAUCAAAGCACCACAACUCCCAUGCACCACAGCCACCGUAAUCAUGCCAACCAGCAGAGCGAUUGGUUGACGAAGGAGCCGCAGCAGAGACGACGCCUGCUGAUUUUGGCGGUAGCAUUUACCGUGCUCGGCGCUGCGAUCGGCGCAUUGGCGAUCUAUUUUGCGGGCAGUUAUCGUUGCCACUCAUUGACCAUGGCAAGUGUGGGUAGCAGUGUGCAAGCGGCUACUAAAGAUAUAAAACCUCGGCAGCGGGAUGUAUGUCUAACCGAAGAUUGUGUACGAACAGCGGCUUCAUUACUUUCGGCUAUGGAUACGACAGCGGACCCUUGUACGAAUUUUUUCCAAUUCGCUUGUGGCACAUGGAAUAAGAUACAUAUCAUACCAGAAGAUCGAAGUUCCAUAAGUACAUUCGAGGUUCUAUCCGACGAACAGCAGGUAGUACUUAAGGGUGUAUUGGAAGAGUCGAUUAAGGAUGACGACAACAUAGCCACAAUCAAAGCAAAACAGUUCUAUAAAAGCUGUAUGGAUUUACCUCAAAUACGCAAAAUCGGCGAAGGCCGUUUAAUGGAUGUGCUCAAGUCACUCGGCGGUUGGCCGGUGAUAACACCGAAUUGGCAGCCGCCCAACAUGACCAUCGAGCAGUUAAUGGGAAUAUUGCGUGGAGUUUACAGUGAACCAGUGCUGGUCGAACUGUAUGUGGGCGCAGAUGAUAAGAACUCUUCAAUUAACAUACUUCAAAUUGAUCAGCCACAGCUGGCGUUGCCUUCACGCGAUUACUAUCUGAAGCCGAGUAGUGAGAACGAUUUGAAGGCCUACCUCAAGUACAUGACACAAACGGCAAUACUACUCGGCGCGAGUCCGGCGACAGCAGGCAAGGAACUAGACGAGGUGUUGCAAUUCGAAAUCAAGCUGGUGAACGCCUCGCUUCCCGAAGCUGAUCGACACGACACUAGCGCCAUCUACAAUAAAAUCACUUUACCCGAAUUACAACGUCAAGUGCCACAGCUUAACUGGACCGUGUUUCUACAAACAGUCUUAGGGCCCGAUAUUGAAUUGUUGCCGGAUGAGUUGCUCGUCAGCUACGCCAUGCCGUAUCUGGUUGAGAUGGGUAAAAUACUAGAGAAAGCUGACCGACGUGUGGUGCACAACUUUGUCAUUUGGCGUCUGGUGAUGUCCAUAAUGGCACAUAUGAUUGAUGAAUUCCAAAGAGAACGCAUCGAAUUCCGUAAAAUACUUUUGGGCGUGCAAUCGGAACGCAUGCGUUGGUCGCAGUGUGUGGAAUGGACAAAUAAAAAGCUUGGUUUGGCGGUGGGUGCACUUUUCAUACGAGACAAUUUCAAUCAAGAGAGUAAGGACACGGCGCUGGAAAUGAUACACACGCUGAGAGAGGCGUUCAACGAGUUACUGACGGAGAAUCAUUGGAUGGACGACGAAACGCGUGCGGUGGCUAGGGAAAAAGCGAAUGCCAUGAACGAACGCAUUGGUUAUCCGGAAAUUCUCAAUAACGCAACGGAGCUGGCGAAGGAGUACGAAAAUCUCACCAUUGUUCCUGAUAAUUUUAUGGAAAACGUGCUUAACAUACUGAAAUGGGACUCGGAAAAGAACUUACAGUUGCUGCAUCAACCGGUCGAUAAGGAGAAGUGGACAACCGAACCGGCCGUUGUAAAUGCUUUUUAUAACCCCAACAAAAAUGAUAUCGUAUUUCCCGCGGGAAUUUUCCAACCACUGUUUUACAGCAACAAUUAUCCGAAAUCGGUUAAUUACGGUGGAAUUGGCGUGGUGAUCGGACAUGAAAUAACUCACGGAUUUGAUGACAAGGGGCGACAAUUCGACAAAGAUGGCAAUAUGAUGCAGUGGUGGAACAACGCCACCAUCGAAGCCUUUCGCGAACGCACACAAUGCAUCAUCGAUCAGUAUUCCCGUUACAAAAUCGAGGAAGUGGAUAUGUAUGUGAAUGGACGCAUGACGCAAGGUGAAAACAUAGCGGAUAACGGUGGACUUAAGCAGGCUUUUCGAGCCUAUAAAAAAUGGGUUAAACGUCAUGGACCAGAACCGGAGCUACCCGGUCUCAAUCUGACGCACGAUCAACUUUUCUUCUUGAAUUACGCACAAAUCUGGUGCGGUUCAAUGCGGCCCGAAGAUGCAGUCACGAAGAUACGCUCCUCGGUGCACUCACCCGGUUUCAUACGUGUACUCGCGCCGCUCUCGAACUCAAAAGACUUUGCCGAAGCGUACAAAUGCAAACUCGGCUCGCCGAUGAAUCCUGUCGAGAAGUGUAGCGUUUGGUAGAAAGUUCGCUCGCUAUGUAGAAUACAUACAAGUGCAUAAAUGUAGUAUGUAUGUACGUGUAUGUAUAUGUGUAGUAAUGGUAGUGUAAAAACAUUUACUAACUAAUUAAAUAAAUAAACAUACAUACAUACAUAAUUUAUAUUAUACAAAUAAAUAUAUACAUACACACACAUAUAAAGAGAAAAUCAUACAUUAUAAUUAAUUCGAUAUAUUAGCACAGUACAGUUGUAAUAACGCCGAGGCAUACACACAUAGAUGCAUACAUAUAUUGAAAGUAGUUUGUUUAAAAGUAUGGAAUUAGUAUCUAAUGAUGUAAUGAGUUUAUUUUUUAUAAAUGUUUUAAAACAUUUUUUAGCUUCGUUUGUAUACGAGGAUGAAACAAAGAAAAAUAAAUAAAAUAUGCUAAAAUGAAUUGUUAAUUACAAUUAGCAUAAUUAAAGUGCAUAUACAUAUGUAUAUAUUAGGUAAAUAGCAUAUAUAAGUAAACGUCUAAAUGCAUAUAUACACACUCCAUCAAAUAAAUAUACUGAAUCAUUUGCUAAAUUGUACAAUGCAAAUACAUAUAAACAUACAAACAGUUAUAAAAAGCUUAUGAAAGCAAAUACAUACACAUAUACACAUAUAGAAUUUCAAAUAUAGGAAUAGGAAGCAGAAGAAGAAACAAACCAAGCAUUAAAAAAGCAGAUAAAAAUGCUUAUAUAUAAUAUAUAUGUAUACAUACACACCUAUACAUGUAUAUGUGUAAAGAUAAAAAUCGUGCACACAUGUAUACUUAGAAUAUUGAUAAUAAGAAAUGAAAAUAAAUAUAAUACCGUAAAUUUCACAAAA